GAAUUUCUAAACCCAGAGACGCAACAUCGCGAGACUUCCGGGAACGCUUGUGAAACAGACCGGAAAGACCAGGUCGGGGUUUGGGGUUGGAGAAGUGGAAAAUAUUCCAUAGUUGUUCAUUUACUCGAAAUCGAAAGGCAAAACCUAGAUUCGAGCCUAUGUCUUAAGUAAUUAAACAUGGUAUUACUCCAACCUAGUGAUAGUGACAAACUGACACGUUUUAAAUUUGUCAAAAACUAUUUUAUAUAAAAUGAGUGCCAUUGAAUUGACGGCCUGUACAUGCGCAGUUCGGCGAGAGACGACCGUUUUACCAUAUGUUGUUUACAACUAAACCUUGUUCUAUAUGUGGUUAUACGUACUUCUGCUCAUGUGCUUAGCUAGGCGACGUCGCCAUGACAUCACCUACAAGAGUGUGAACGGCGAUUUCAAUUGGAGAGCAGUUUCUGUCUAUCAUCACACUGUACUGACUCGGUCUAGUCCUUGCGGGCUGCGUCAUACUGCUGCAAUGUUGACGGUCUCGAUUAAUAUUAUCAAGCAUAGAAAUGGGACGCACAGAACGCCCCGCACACCAUCGUUGUUUCAACCAGGGAGUUAGACACAACAAGAGAGAGAAGUAGAGCCACCCAAAUAACAUCAGAGGAAUAAAGCGACGGAAGAGAGGCUGCAAAAUGAAGAGGGGGCGAUAAACAUAGCCGUAUAUAGCUUAGCACGCAUGCUAACGUUGGCUUCUAAUUAGCUAGCUACGUCGCAACGGUCACACAGAGAACAACAUCAAAAGGCGAUAGUCAGAAGAGAGGGUUUACAACUGUAUUUCAAUGGUAUUUUUUAAUAAAAGCAGGUUCGAGCAUUAUGUCCUGCUCUGGUAACCUGGUUUGGGAUGUUAACAAGCGUUCCAUUGGAUAUAAUGACCCGAAUGCUGUCAGGAUCAACUACUUAGGGAGAAGAGAAUUUGUCCAGCGGCUGAAACUCGAAGCGACACUCAAUGUUCACGAUGGCUGUGUCAAUACAAUAUCCUGGAACGAUACCGGGGAGUACAUCUUGUCAGGGUCGGACGAUACCAACCUGGUCAUCACAAACCCAUACAACAGAAAGGUUAAGGCAACCAUACGGUCGGGUCACCGGGCGAACAUCUUCAGUGCUAAGUUCAUGCCUCAGACCAGUGACCAGCAGAUCAUCUCGUGCUCUGGGGAUGGUAUCAUCUACUACACCCACACAGAGAAGAGCCCCGACAUCAACAGGCAGUGCCAGUUCACCUGCCACUACGGAACAGCCUACGAGAUUAUGACGGUACCCAACGACCCCUAUACGUUCCUGUCGUGUGGGGAGGACGGCACCGUGCGCUGGUUUGACCUGCGCACGAAGACCAGCUGUACUAAAGAGGACUGCAAAGAUGACAUCCUGAUCAACUGUCGGCGGGCGGCGACGUCUAUCUCUAUCAGUCCGCUGGUGCCCUAUUAUCUAGCGGUGGGCUGCUCCGACAGCUCCGUACGCAUCUAUGACAGACGCAUGCUGGGGACCAGGGCUACGGGUAACUACAUGGGCCGUGGAACGACGGGCAUGUGUGUGCGCUUCGUUCCGGCCCACCUGUCCAACAAGUCGUGUCGUGUGACUUCACUCUGCUACAGCGGGGACGGACAGGAGGUGUUGGUCAGCUACUCUUCAGACUACGUCUACCUGUUUGACCCCAAUAAUGACCAGGCCCGAGAGCUGAAGGGUCCGUCCGAGGAGAGGAGGGAGGAGCUGCGGCAACCCCCAGUGAAGCGUCUUCGUUUACGAGGUGACUGGUCUGACACCGGUCCACGAGCUCGUCCUGAGAGCGAGAGAGAGCGGGAUGGAGAGCAGAGUCCCAACGUGUCGCUGAUGCAGAGGAUGUCGGACAUGUUGUCCCGCUGGUUUGAGGAGGCCAGCGAGGCCCAGGGCAGCCGGGGGACCACGCGCCCUCAGACACGCCCUACAGGCACUCUUCCUCGCAUAGAGGGGGCCCCCACCAUCCCAACACUCCCUACAAUACCCCCUCCACAAGCCGUCAGAGCCUUAGAGGGCUCUGUGGAAAUGGAGGCCUCCGCCGUCAACCCUGUACCUGUACCCCUCUCCAAGUCCACCUCCUUCUCAGGGUCAUCGUCAACGGUUACAGCACAUCCUCCGUCAACCUCCUCAUCCAUGGAAGGCUCGGUGCUUCCCUCAUGCGCCCUCACCUCCUCCCCAGAUUCAGAGCAGAGGAGUCAGGCAGACACUGCUGUGACCUCCACGCCAACACCCACCACAGAGGCCGCACUGUCCGAGUACGGCCCUCAUCGGCUGCCGGUAAGUUUAGUGUGUAGGCGCUUGCAGCGGCUGCUCCUGUUGGCCGACCCCCCAGGACAGAGUCAAUCCUCUUCCUCCACCGCAGGCACUGAGAGCCAAUCACAGGGGGCUGUUGCUGCUGCCACCAAGAUGGCCCCCCCUACAGAUUCUCCCUCGUCUGUGGUUAACAAACAGCUGGGAUCCAUGACUCUGGAUGAGCAGCAGGGAGCAUCAGAAGCUGUGAGUGUGAGUGCUGGAGCGAGUUCAGUCAAAGUGAAAACUCUGACUGCGUCUGCGUCUGCCAGUGUAACUGGAACCUCGUCUGGGGCACCCAGCAGCAGUACUGGACCUGGAGGUAGCCGAGCCAGCACGGCAGAACCCGUCCUGAGUCUACACUACAGCACUGAGGGAACCACCACCAGUACCAUCAAACUGGACUUCACUGACGAGUGGAGCCGCAGAGCUCCCAAUUCCAGGGGCAGCGGAGCCUCCAGUUCCAGGGGCAGCGGAGCCUCCAGUUCCAGGGGCAGCGGAGCCUCCAGUUCCAGGGGCAGCGGAGCCUCCAGUUCCAGGGGCAGCGUAGCCUCCAGUUCCAGGGGCAGCGGAGCCUCCAGUGGAGAGCCCAAACCGUCAGAGGCAGCAGGGGCCGCCCAGACUAGGGAAGGGCCCUUGGCAGAGAGCUCUGCCUCAGAGCAGGUGGCUGUGUCAGAGCCCUCCGGCCAGAGCAGGUCUGCUGCUUCCCACACAGACCCAAUGUGUGAGGCUGGGGGUGCCUCCUUCUCCAACACCCAGGGCUCCAUGCAGGCCCAGGCCCCAGCACAAGCCUCCUCUGUGGGGGAUAGUGUGACUGCCAUGCCCCUGGAGAGGAGCCAGGGUGUGGGUGCAGAGGACACCACUGGGGGGUGCAGGAGAGAGGAGCCUGUGGGGGAGGGGGGGCAUGGGGGUCCAGGGGGGCAGGGGGUUCCAACGGGACCGGGUGGACAGGGUCAACCCUCCCGUAGCCACCAGGACUCAGACGACAGUGAUGACGACCCAAUUCUUAUCCCCUCUGCGAGGUACAGAGGAGGACAGGGACAGAGAUCUAAUUUCAGAGGAUCAGCGGUAGGAGAUAGGAUGAUCAGACGCUCAGCUGCAGCCCGUAUCCAGGAACUGUUUCGUCGGAGGAAGGAGAGGAGAGAGAUGGAGGAGAGCGAGACCCAGAAUAUCAGGAGACCCUCAGUCAAAAUGGUCUACAAGGGCCACCGCAACUCCAGGACUAUGAUCAAGGAGUCGUGUUUCUGGGGGAACAACUUUGUGAUGAGUGGUUCAGACUGUGGCCACAUCUUCAUCUGGGACAGACACACGGGCGAACACCUGAUGCUGCUGGAGGCCGACAAUCACGUAGUCAACUGUCUCCAGCCGCACCCCUAUGACCCCAUUCUUGCCUCAUCAGGGAUCGACUACGACAUUAAGAUCUGGUCACCUCUGGAGGCGUCACCGUCCUUUAACAGAGUCCUAGCUGAUGAGGUGAUCACGCGUAAUGAGUUGAUGCUUGAGGAGACCAGGAACACCAUCACAGUCCCCGCCUCCUUCAUGCUGCGAAUGCUGGCCUCCCUUAAUCACAUAAGAACGGAUCGCUUGGAGGGUGACCGCUCAGAAGGUUCUGGACAGGAGAACGAGGAUGAGCAGUAGCUGCCCGGACACCAUUUUAUUUGAAAAAGAAAACACAUUUUUUAUUUUGCUCUAAAAAGCACUUGAAGAUCUUGAGAUUUGUACAAGUAUUAUGUAGAAUAUUUCCUUAUCUGAGCAUUAGGUACAUUUUAGCUCUUCUUUUUUAAGAUGACUUUCUUACUGGUGUGUCUGUAUGAGAACUGCAUUUGAGGAAAAAAGUAUGUGAAUGCAAGCGCAAAGCCAGACAUAUGCCAGACGUGUGUGUGUGUGUCUGUGUGUGUGUGUGUGUGUGUGUGUGUGUGUGUGUGUGUGUAUGUACGUACGUAUACAGUUAAAGUCGCAAGUUUACAUACACCUUAGCCAAAUGCAUUUAAACUCAG